AUGUCGUUGUUUAAAGCUGGCCGCAAGCAAAACGAAAAAUUAAACCGUAAGCGUUCCAAGAGCGGUCCUAAGGGUACCAUCAUACCGAGCAAAACAUCCCGGCGAGACUACGAAGAUGAAGAUAUUGAUAGUGAUGAAGAGCUAGAGAAAGAACAACAGAAACAGCCCGAAAUUGAUGAUGAAGUGGCAACGCUCGAAACCACACAGGACAAGCGCAUCCGUUUGGCCAAGCAGUAUUUGCGUCAGGUACAGGAAGAGGAACAAGAGCGGGAUGAUUACGCAGACGAGAGUGAACUUGCCAGUGGCAUGGCCCGUACACUCAAGCAGUCUUUCCUCAGUGCAACUGGCAGAUCUCACCGUACACUCGGUGGCAAGUACACAGGUUACGACCUGAACAAGGCGGUCUCGUUUCACUGGAAAAAGCAACGUCUAUCGCCGACCUGCUGUACGCUGGCUAAAGACGAUGCAUUCCUGUACGUUGGUUGCAAGAGUGGUUGGGUCGUCCGUUGGGAUAUCAAGUCGAAACAACGUACAUCAUACUUUCAGGCAAAAAAUAAUGCAAUACACUCGGUUGCUGUGUCACACGAUAUGAAGUAUUUGGUGGUGGCGGACGGAACGGAAGAGAUUAAGGUUCUUGAUGGUAUUAGCUUGAUACAGCUAAACACACUCAAAGGACACUCGAAACCCGUCACGGGAGUAGUGUUCCGGCAAAACUCAUAUCAACUGUUCUCGUGCAGUGCUGACCGAACGGUGAAGGUGUGGAGUUUGGACGAGAUGGUGUACAUCGAAACACUGUACGGACACCAAAGCCAGAUAUCAGGCAUUGAUGCGCUCUCACUAGAACGUGUCGUUACGUCUGGUGGAAUGGAUCAAACGAUACGCAUCUGGAAGGUGGCAGAAGAGUCGCAGCUUGUGUUCAACUCAAUUACUGAAGAUUUCUCCGCCGUAAAGUUUGUUAGUAACGAUCUGUUUGUUUCCGGUUCGGUGGAGGGUUCGUUCUCGCUGUGGAGCAGUGGCAAAAAGAAACCACUGCAUCGCAUAAAGCUGGCCCAUGGGCAGCAGGACGCUGGUCACCCGAAUUGGAUAAGUGCGGUGGGCGUUUUGGUCAACUCGGACAUUGUUGCGUCCGGUUCAUGCGAUGGCACCGUUCGUGUUUGGAAGCUUACAAACAAACGACAUACCAUACAGCCAUUGCUGCAAGUUCCAGUAGAAGGAUUCGUAAACGCGAUCGAAUUUACUAACGACGGUCGGUUUUUGGUUGUGGCCGUUGGACAGGAACACCGACUAGGGCGCUGGUGGACCCUACGAAACACCAAGAAUCAGGUUCUAUUGAUUCCGCUGUCCAUAGAAUAA